GCUCAACUUUUCAACAACUCAAAGGGGCACCCUGCACAUAUAUUUCUAAUCCACAUAUCUGCAUAUAAGUAAAUCCAGUAUAAACCUUGUACGAUCCAAGGUUAGUCGACAUUUCUUUAGCUUUCGCUUGAUCAUCAUUCUAAUAUUGCAUGGCUACACACUUUAGUCCUUGUUCUUCAUCUUCCUCUUCUUCACUUACCUUCUCUUCUGAAUUCACUGUUUGUAAGCCGAGAAGAUAUUGUUUCUCCAAAUGGGUUUCCCAAGUUCGUCCAAGGAUCCAUGCGAGAAACCAUUUCCGGAUCAAAUCCUCAAAUGGGCAUCCACUAAAUGCAGUUUCUAUGCAGGAAGGGCUCUUUGGAUUAGGUAUGGAUGGAACCCCUUUGGCCGAGGGAAUCAAACCUGAAGAGCAAGAAAUUUUCCUUGACUUUUCAGACUCAGAGAAAGUACAGUCUACUCUUAGCAUAACUGUUGUUGGAGCUUCGGGGGACCUUGCUAAGAAGAAAAUUUUUCCUGCCCUUUUUGCUCUUUACUAUGAAGAUUGUCUACCUGAGAACUUUAUGGUUUUCGGUUAUGCUCGUACUAAACUGACAAAUGAAGAGCUCAGGAACAUGAUUAGUGGAACAUUAACUUGUAGAAUUGAUAAGAGGGCAAAUUGUGAAGAUAAAAUGGAGCAGUUCUUGAAGAGAUGCUUUUACCAUUCAGGUCAGUAUAAUUCUGAGGAGCAUUUUGCAGAACUAGACAGCAAGCUGAAAGAGAAAGAGGCUGGAAAACUGUCAAAUAGGUUAUUUUACUUGUCAAUACCUCCAAACAUAUUCGUGGAUGUGGUGAGAUGUGCCAGCCUCAAAGCUUCUGCAGCAAAUGGUUGGACAAGGGUCAUCGUUGAAAAGCCAUUUGGUCGUGAUUCAGAGUCCUCUGCUGAGCUAACAAGAUGUCUUAAGCAGUAUCUAACUGAGGAUCAGAUAUUCAGGAUUGACCAUUACUUGGGCAAGGAACUUGUUGAGAAUCUCUCAGUGCUUCGCUUCUCAAAUCUUGUUUUUGAACCCCUAUGGUCAAGGAAUUAUAUCCGGAAUGUGCAAUUGAUAUUUUCUGAAGAUUUUGGUACUGAAGGACGAGGGGGUUAUUUUGAUAAUUAUGGAAUCAUACGAGAUAUAAUGCAAAAUCAUCUCCUGCAAAUACUGGCACUGUUUGCAAUGGAGACUCCUGUCAGCUUAGAAGCUGAGGACAUCAGGAAUGAAAAGGUAAAGGUUCUGAGAUCAAUGAGACCACUGCAGCUUGAGGAUGUCAUUGUUGGUCAGUAUAAGGGCCACAACAAGGGUGGUAAAAUAUAUCCAGGUUACACUGAUGACUCAACUGUACCGAAUAACAGUCUUACACCUACAUUUGCGGCAGCAGCUCUGUUUAUAAAUAAUGCUAGAUGGGAUGGUGUCCCUUUUCUCAUGAAGGCCGGAAAAGCUCUCCAUACAAGGCGGGCAGAGAUCAGAGUUCAGUUCAGACAUGUUCCAGGUAAUUUGUACAAGCAGAAUUUUGGAACUGAUUUAGACAAGGCAACAAAUGAGCUUGUGCUACGUGUGCAACCUGAUGAAGCCAUUUACCUGAAGGUCAAUAAUAAAGUUCCUGGUCUUGGAAUGAGAUUAGAUCGCAGUGACCUUAAUUUGCUCUAUCGAGCAAGGUAUCCAAAAGAAAUCCCAGAUGCAUAUGAGAGAUUGCUCUUAGAUGCUAUAGCUGGGGAGCGAAGGUUGUUCAUUAGAAGUGAUGAGCUGGAUGCUGCUUGGUCACUGUUUACACCAUUGUUGAGGGAACUUGAAGAAAACAAGAUUUUUCCAGAGCUCUACCCUUAUGGGAGCAGAGGACCAGUUGGAGCACAUUAUCUUGCUGCUAAGUACAAUGUUCGAUGGGGUGAUCUCAGUGGUGAAGACUCGCAAGAAUGAGUAAACAAAAAUUUUGACAAAUUUUGUUUACUCAUAAGCCAUAGCAGGGCAGUUGUUUCUUUUCAGUUCAUGAUGUAUUUUUCUGUUCGUUUUACUGAUUUGUGAAAGUUCGGUUUAAUUAGAAUGCAUUCAGAAAGUUGAGUGUCGAAGUGUUUCUACAUCUGCAGACAAAUCAUGUACGCGUAACUAUUAUCAAUGAGUAGAUUUGUCUUCUGGGACUGAUUGACACAAUAUAAGGCAAACUUCAGCCUUUUUUCUUUGAACAAAAGGACAGAAAUUUCAUAUUACAAA